CCCGGAAAUGACGCAUGAACGUGUUGAAAAAAAUAAAAGAGCAGUAAUUGUUAUUGUUAGCUUGUUAGCUAGCAGGCGAACUGGUGAAUGGAGAUAUGACAGAGUAAUAACGUCUUAUUACAUGUGCACGAUUAAGUUAUUACAAACGUAAAGUGAUGGAGGACGGAAACAGGAGUGAUGCUGCUUCCACAUCAAAGAGCCAUGCAGGCUCACUCCACCUGCAGACUCCAAAAAAUGAGGAUACCUAUGAAAUUUCCAUCCCCUAUGAGGAGAGCAACUUUGAGCAGCAGGGAUUUUUCAACCAGAGUGAUCAAAAUUUUGAUGAGUCUCCCCCAUCUGCUGGCCCAUCUCAAGUAAACAACUCAUACAUGGUGAUCACCAACCUGCGGACCCAGCUUCAGAUCUCUCUGGAGAAAAACUCUUGGCUGCAGAAGAGAAUUGAGGACUUGGAAGAGGAGAGGGACUUCCUCCGUUGCCAGUUGGACCGCUUCAUCUUCUCCACAAAAAGCCAGGGACAAGAGCAGAGUCAGAGCCAGUACAGUAACGGUUAUGAAUCCAGACGAUUUAACUGGAGGGCAAGAAGAGAAGAAGAUCGUCCUGUUGAGCAACAGAAGACAGACUCUCAACAUUUCACCUCACGUCAGUUUAUCCAGAGAAGGCCUGGUCCUCCAACCAUGGUGCCUUCCAAAAACCAUGUCUCCAGUCCUUUAACCAAUCAGCUCGCCUCUAUAAAUGCUUUGUUCAACUCUACACAGUCCCAGGCCCUCCUGCAAGGCCAUAGCCAUAGUACUCCCAGCACCACAGCCAGCGGCGGCAACAGCAGCAGCAACAGCAACAGUGCUACACGGUCAUCCUUGAAUGAACUGAGUGGACAUAGCAACAUAGGUCCAGAUUCACUUUCACUCUUGGGAGAAUCUGAUGAUUACUUGGAGCAGGAGGGCUACCUCGAGGAGGAGGAAAUGAUUUCAGGGGAAGAUGUAAUGCAAGAUACCAUUAACAGCAACAGACCCCAAUUAAAGAGAAGGCGGGUCUUCAGAGCCCCUAGAGAGCGGCAAAGAGUGAAAGAUGCUGCUGGAGUGCUGUUUCGCUACAAAAAGAUCCUGCUUACAUACCAGCGUCUGAAAAACAUGUCGAAAGCCUUCCAAAUCCACGGUGUGGACCGCAACACGGUGGCUUCCACCACACCCAUUGCUGAGCUGCUGCUAGUGGCCCCAGAGAAGGUGGCAGAGGUGGGGGAGUUUGACCCAUCCAAGGAGAAGCUGCUGGACUAUGCCCGGCGCUGCUACACUGCCCUGGAUGAGGAGACACUAAGUAGGGUCCAGGCCCUGAAGAAGAAUAACCUGCUCCUGCCCAUCUCCUACAGGUUUAGACACUGAGGAGAUAGGGACAGAGGAAAGGGACAUCUUCCUGGAAAACAGUGGAGUUGGUAGUUAAGUGUCGAGAGGUGAGGCAGUUGGACUUUGAGCCAUGCAAACUGCGGCUGAGAUCCUCUGCUUUUAAGACGAGUAAACUUUUCACAUUUCACAUUUAUUAUCAAUAUGAUGUCACUUUUUUGGACAAAUUCUCACCACAGUAAUAUUGAGAAUAUGGGAUUGCCUGUUGUGAGUGAAAAGGGAAAAAACAUGGUUGUCCUUGCUCAAAGAGCAUAAACUGUAUGUCUGUGUGAUUCAGAAAGAAAGUGUCUUUACUAUUGGGAUUGAAGAGGGGAUUGCUUUGAUAAAUGUAACCAAUUUAGAUCAUGCAUUUUUAUUCCUCAGCAUCGGCAGAGCUUCACAGACUUUUUCUUUUCUGAACAUCUGGAUCAGCUUGUGGCCAGUAGGUCAUUAACUGAUCUGAUCUGAACUGUCUAGAUAAUUUCCAUUUCUGACAGUCUAAAUUAUUUAUAAGCAAUUAUUAUGACUUUAUUUGUGUGCACAAUCCUAUAUGGUAGCUUUCAAUCACAAUGUGUGUGUAUGUUAAAAGUAUGUUGCACUACAUAGAUUUUGUAGAAUUAUUCUGUACUUUUAAGAAAUUGUCAUUAUUUCCUUUAUUUUAUAUUGCACUUUUUGUCUUUGUUGUAUUAUUUUCAGCAUUGUCAUUAUAUCCUCAAACAAU